AAUUAGUUAGUCAUAAUGGCAGAUCAUAAGCAGCUUGGAAAUGAAGCCUUUAAGGCUGGAAGGUUCCUUGAUGCAGUGCAACACUUCACUGCGGCAAUUCAAGCUAAUCCCUCUGAUGGAAUCCUGUAUUCUAAUCGAUCCGGAGCUUACGCUUCAUUACAGAGAUUUCAAGAGGCACUAGACGAUGCCAAUCAGUGCGUAUCACUGAAACCAGAUUGGCCUAAAGGUUACUCAAGAAAGGGUCUUGCUUUAUACAAACUAGGACGUUUACAAGAGGCUAGAACUGCAUAUCAAGAAGGGUUAAAGAUAGAUCCAGCUAAUGAGCCCUUGAUGUCGGGGUUACGCGAAGUUGAAAGUGCAUCUGACCCUGAGUUCAUGUACCUUUCAGCAGCCAUGUCGCAAUUGGUGGCUACUAACCCCAAGCUGCAGCAAUACCAGCAACAGGACCCAUCAUACGUCAUGAAUCUGUGCAGGAUGAUUAGCGGUUUGAAAACAAACCCUCAAAGCCUCCAGCAUGUGAUGAUGGACCCCAAUCCAGCCAUCAGGGAAGGAAUCAUGGCCUACAUUCAGAUGGCUUCGGGUAUGCCUCAACCUGAGGAGACACCUGAACCUCCUCAGCCAAAACAGCCCGAAAAGAAAGAGGAACCAAAGCCUAAGGAGGAACCCCUCUCUGAGGACCAGCAGAAAGCUAAGGAGUACAAAGAGGAAGGUAACAAGCUCUACAAGCAAAAGCGCUUCGAGGAGGCACUGGAAAUGUAUAAGAAAGCUAUAGAACAUGACCCUGAUAACCUAUUGUUGGAGAACAAUAAGGCCGCGGUGUACCUGGAGAUGGGUGAUUACGCCAAGUGCAUUGCCACUUGCAAUGCAGCUAUCGACCGCCGAUAUGAAGUCAAGGCUGAUUUCUUAGUAAUUUCAAAGAUCUAUAAUCGUCUGGGAUCGUGCUACACAAAGAUGGAGGACUAUGACGCCGCGCUGGCCGCUUAUCAGAAAUCACUCCUUGAGGACAACAACAGGAACACGCGCUGCGCUAUGAACGAGGUUGAGCGUCUGAAGGAAAAGAAAGAGCGUGAAGCAUACAUCGACCCUCAGAAAGCAGAGGAACACCGCGAAAAGGGAAAUGCAUUCUUCAAGAAAUUCCAAUUCCCUGAGGCCAAGAAGGAGUAUGAUGAGGCUAUUCGCCGCAACCCAUCAGACAUCAAGCUGUACACCAACAGGGCAGCCGCACUUACCAAGCUGGGCGAGUACCCGAGUGCAUUGGCAGACUGUAACAAGGCUGUUGAAAUGGACCCUACUUUUGUGAAGGCAUGGGCUAGGAAGGGAAACCUUCACGUACUGCUGAAGGAGUAUAGCAAGGCCUUGGAAGCCUAUGACAAGGGUUUGGCAUUGGAUCCCAAUAAUCAAGAAUGCAUCACCGGGAAGUACGACUGCAUGGCCAAGAUUCAAGCCAUGUCGCAGUCUGGAACAGUCGAUGAGGAACAGUACCGCCAGGCUAUGGCUGACCCCGAGGUCCAACAGAUGCUGGGUGACCCACAGUUCCAGAUAAUACUCAAGCGUCUGUCGGAGAACCCAGCAGCAAUGAAUGAGUACCUCAGCGAUCCUAAGAUAGCAAAAGGUAUACAGAAACUAAUGGCUUGCGGUAUACUGCGUACAGCUUGAACAUCGAAAAUAUUUUAAUGUCAUAUGCGA